AUGCGCGAGAGAAGUCGAGUCGCCGUUCUGCUCUUCCUAAUUUUGCCUGCGGUCCUCGGGAUCAACGACCGGCGAUGGCGUAAGUUUUUUGGAGUGCUGCAUUAUCAUUCUAGAUUCGAAGGGAGUACUGUAGGCAAUGGCCAAUAUAACAAUUUCUAAUUUUAAAAGGAAAAGCCCCGAGAUUCCCUUGUUUUUUGUAAGGCCCUGCAUUUUAAUGAAACCUUAGGCCAAUACUUGAAGCAUAUCAAAAACUAUCUCUUACCCCAUCUAAACCCAUCGAAUAUUCCUUAUUUUUAUCACAGCCUGCAACCGAGAGCGCCAAUGUUACCAGAACCACGAAUGCCCUACAGGUCACUAUCGAAUCCUCCUAGAGAUGCCCUCUUCCCGUCCCCUAGACCAUUGUGUGUGCACCUGCGUCCGGGAUGUCUUAUUCAGCGCAAAGAGAAGACUGCAAUCUAAGAGAAGCCGAAGAAUGAAGCCCCAACACCAUUAA